AGCAUAGGCCUAAAUACUGUUUAUUCACCCCGCGGCCAUUUUGAAAUGAAACCGAGGCGCGGACUACAAACAUCACGGUAGCAAACACAAACACCAUGGCCAAGAAAACGAUUUGGGCGAAGAAUAUCCAGUGUCUACCUUCAUUAACACAAUAUUUCAUUGAUGACUGGGCAAACAACACGGCCAAAAUUCCUCGCUCAAAGCAGACAAAAGGAUAUAGUAACUUCGUCGAGGGAUACAUUCACGAUGUCGAAGGUCAAGUUCUCGAUGGAUUCACCUUAUAUGGUCUUGUCAUCUCAAUGUGACUGUAAAGCUGGGAAUGGUCAUUGCAGCCAUUGUGUUGGACUGUUAUACCUGUUAUGUCAUUUCCAAAAGCUUGGUCUGAAAGCUGUUCCACCCAUUCAGAGCAAGACAUCCCUGCCUCAGCACUGGAACAUUCCACAGAGGACUGAAGGGUUAGCCCCAAAACAAGUUGACAACAUUGAAGUAUAUAAAGUGAAGCCGAAGACAAGUCAACCUAAGAGGAAAAGAAAAAUAACUGAAGGCAUUCUUCCCAAUGUGUAUUGCCCUGUAAAAAAGCCAAUCCCGAGCAAUGAAUUGAAAGACACUUUAAUCAAGCAACUUACAGCAAUCGGUAGUGAUGCCCAAAUUUUGAAAGUUUUUGGCACUGAUGAAGAAAAUUGUGAAACUGUUCCUUCUCAAUUUGGUCCAGUGCCUGUUGGAUCUCCCCUUUCCUACCAGCAGAAGAUUUCUAAGUCAGAUGGUGACCUUAUUAUCAACAACCCUGAUCAAAAGACUUUUCCUGAUUGUGAAUUACCCAACCUUAUUUCAGAAUAUAGUACUGUUCUGAACUAUGCAGAUUUUCAUGUAUCUAUGGGACUACAUAUUAAUCAUGAUUUUGCUAUAGAAUUAGAAAAGCAAACAAAUGAACAAAGUUAUAACAAGACAUGGCAUGAUGUCCGUAGAAAUCGCAUAACGUCUUCCAUAUUCAAAGAUAUUUGUAGUAGAAAAUCUGACUUUGAAAGCCUUGCUACAAGAAUACUACAGACCAAACACAUUCAAACUGCUGCCAUGAAAUAUGGACUUGAACAUGAACCUGAAGCUGCAAAGUUGUACUCUGAAAUCACAAUGAAUAAUGUGUACAAGUGCGGUUUUGUACUUAAUCCAAAUGCACCUCAUCUUGGGACGUCUCCUGACCGUAAAGUCUAUGACCCUACAAGCAUACCUCAGUUUGGCCUUCUUGAAAUUAAGUGUCCCGACAAGGAUUCAUUUGUAGAUUGUAAAUAUCUAGUGAAGAACAAAACUAAUGGAACAUACAAACUGAAAUCAAGUCACAGUUACUUUUACCAAGUAAUGGGUCAAAUGGCACUGACGGGCUUAACAUGGUGCGAUUUCUUUGUCAAUUGCCGUCAGGACUAUCACAAGGAGAGAAUUCAUUUUGACAGUGAUAAAUGGGCCGACAUGAAAAUUUCUCUUGAUAAAUUUUAUUUCGAAUAUCUACUACCAGCAAUUUGUAAAAAUUGUCAAAAUUAGAAUAACUUCAAAAUUGAAGGUAUUGUCAUUUAAUUUUUCAUUCUACCAUAUUGAAGGUUUCAAAGAAAAAAUGCUCUCGGAGUUUUAGAACUUUUAUUACACAAUGCUGUUUUAGAUGUACAGUACUGUAUUAGUUGUACAUGAAUGUUACAUUAAUAGCUUAAAUGUAUGACACAUUUUAUUGGCAUAUGAUUGUCACAGGAAUACAUAUGUAGUAUAUUUCUCUACAACUCCCUUCUUGUGUCUAAAAAUGGAACAAGUAUUCCAAGAAUAACUGAUUUGUUUUAAUAGAAUGUAACUUUGCACAAUUUGAUACCAACAAAUUAAUACAAAAUAAUUCUGAAAGUAAAA